AUGGCCGCUUCCACUCCCCUAGACCCUUUCCUUCGUGGAAGCACCAGUAAGAACACCAGGGGUCUGCUACGGAUCAUCAUUCUAUGCACCAUCGCCGCCGCCGCAGUGUCGGCCCGUCUGUUCAGUGUGAUUCGUUUUGAGAGUAUUAUUCAUGAAUUUGAUCCUUGGUUCAAUUUCAGAGCAACAAAAUACUUAGUCAAGAACGGCUUCUACAGCUUUUGGGAUUGGUUUGACGACCGAACAUGGCACCCACUAGGUCGAGUUACAGGCGGGACACUCUAUCCCGGUCUCAUGGUAACAUCUGGCGUGAUAUACCACAUUCUCCGCCUCCUGUCUCUGCCGGUCGACAUUCGAAACAUCUGCGUUCUUCUAGCACCAGGCUUCUCCGGAUUUACGGCUCUUGCCAUGUACCUUUUGACUAGCGAAAUGUCCUCCUCUCCAUCGGCGGGUCUGUUAGCUGCGGCUUUCAUGGGCAUCAGCCCCGGCUAUAUCUCAAGAUCAGUCGCCGGCAGCUAUGAUAACGAGGCUAUUGCAAUCUUUCUCCUGGUCUUCACGUUCUUCCUAUGGAUCAAAGCGGUCAAGAAUGGUUCCAUUAUGUGGGGAGCCCUGGCUGCUCUCUUCUACGGAUACAUGGUGUCGGCAUGGGGUGGCUACGUCUUCAUUACCAACCUUAUCCCCCUGCAUGCUUUCACUCUCAUCCUUAUGGGCCGCUACAGCUCGAGACUCUACAUCAGCUACACGACCUGGUACGCCUUGGGAACGUUGGCAAGCAUGCAAGUUCCUUUCGUCGGUUUCCUCCCAGUCAGGAGCAGCGACCACAUGGCAGCACUUGGUGUAUUCGGCCUGCUUCAGCUGGUUGCAUUCUUCAACUUUCUGAGGGACCAGCUUCCGGGAAAACAGUUUCAGACACUGCUCGUUGCCCUCGGUGGGACAAUCGUUGUCAUCAUGUUUCUCGGACUCGUUGCCCUGACUGCUUCUGGUGUGAUUGCACCCUGGAGCGGCCGGUUCUACUCACUUUGGGACACUGGGUACGCGAAGAUACACAUCCCCAUCAUCGCCUCGGUCUCGGAGCAUCAACCAACCGCCUGGCCAGCUUUCUUCUUUGACCUUAACAUGCUGAUCUGGCUGUUUCCCGCCGGCGUCUAUCUGUGUUUCCGAAAUCUAAAAGAUGAGCACGUCUUCGUCGUGCUCUACGCGGUUCUGGCGAGCUACUUUGCCGGCGUCAUGGUCCGCCUGAUGCUCACGCUGACCCCAGUUGUGUGCUGCGCUGCAGGCUUAGCCCUUUCGUAUAUUCUCGACACCUAUCUCUAUGCUCAAAAACCCGUGGAAGAGUCGGCGUCUAGCGAUUCCAAUGGGUCUAUCAAAGCAUCCAAAUUCAGCGCAAACUCUGCGCUACGCUCCACUCGGAAUUCCAUCGUCGGCAUCUAUUCUGUUGUCUCGAAGUCAGUCAUCACUUCGAUGGUGACCGGAUUCCUCCUUUUGUAUGUCGCUCAUUGCACUUGGGUUACGUCCAAUGCAUACUCAUCCCCAUCCGUGGUCCUGGCGUCUCGCCUCCCUGAUGGUUCUCAGCACAUCAUCGACGAUUAUCGUGAGGCGUACUACUGGUUGCGACAAAACACACCCUCCGACGCUAGAGUCAUGUCAUGGUGGGAUUACGGCUAUCAAAUCGGAGGUAUGGCCGAUCGCCCAACCCUAGUGGACAACAAUACUUGGAACAACACGCACAUCGCCACCGUCGGCAAGGCGAUGAGCUCGCGAGAAGAAGUGAGCUAUCCAAUCCUGCGAGAACACGAUGUCGAUUAUGUUUUGGUUGUAUUUGGCGGACUCCUGGGAUACAGUGGAGACGACAUCAAUAAGUUCUUAUGGAUGGUCCGAAUCGCCGAAGGCAUCUGGCCUGAUGAAGUCAGGGAACGAGACUUCUUCACUGCCCGUGGUGAAUACAGAGUGGACGACCAGGCGACCCCGGCAAUGAAGAACUCGCUUAUGUACAAAAUGUCCUAUUACAACUACAACUCACUUUUCCCAGCCGGCCAGGCUCAAGACCGAGUUCGAGGUUCGUCUCUCCCAGCCCAAGGUCCCGAACUCAGCAUUUUGGAAGAGGCAUUUACCAGUGAAAACUGGAUCAUUCGCAUCUACAAGGUCAAAGAUCUCGACAACGUUGGCCGAGACCACCAAAGUGCCGUGUCCUUUGACAAAGGCCACAAGAAGAAGCGAAAGCCUGGUGCAAAAAAGGGCGUCAGGGUCUUGAGAGAAGAAUAG